AUGGGCAUAGAGGCUGUGGAAUCUAAAGUGGCCAUUACAGUGGAAACUGAUAACCUCUCUGUGGCGAAGGAAAAUCUGAACAUAAAAUUUGGUUCUCAGUCGCUAGACGAGCCAUCUGAAGGGGAAGUUAAUAAAGCUUAUGAGGCUAGCCUUCCCAGGGAUGCACUGGACGAGUGGCCUGCACCCAAGCAGAUCCACUCUUUCUACAUUAUUAAGUAUCGGUUAUGCGACGACCCAAAUCUGAAGGCCAAAUUGGAUCUGGCUGACAAGGAGCUAAAGAAAAAGAAUCUGGCCCGCUCUCAGAUUACCGAUAAAUUAAGGGCGAAAAGGGCAGAUCGGGCCCAGGUGAUUGCUCAAAUAAGGUCUCUAAGUGUCGAGAAAAGACAGUUCAGGACAAUCAUGGACGAGAAGAGAAAAGAAAUGGAACCUCUGCAGCAGGCUUUGGGCAAGUUGCGAGGUGCUAUUAGCAGAGGCAGAGAGAGGGGUUUGACUGUUUGUUCCUCCGAAGAGGAGCUCAAUAAUCUUAUCAAGAGUUUGCAAUAUCGCAUUCAGCACGAAAGCAUUCCUCUUAGUGAAGAGAAACAAAUUAUUAGGGAAAUUAAACAACUUGAAGGGACAAGGGAAAAAGUUAUUGCAAAUGCUGCCGAGAGGGCGAGGAUUCAAGACUCCCUCGGUGAAAAAGGAGCCAUUCAGGAUCAUGUCAAACUUAUAGGUGUUGAUCUUGAUGGGGUUCGAAAGGAACAGGAAGUGGUCAAGGCAAAGCUUAAGCAGCUGGAUGAAGAAAAAGAGGCUAUAGAGAAAGAGAUCAAUGCUUUGCAAGAGGAGUUGACAGUAAUUGCGCAGAAUAGAGACAAAACUUUUGAAAACAUUCAGGAACUGAGGAAACAACGUGAACACGGGAAUUCCCCUUUUUACCAAAACCGCAUGCUCUUGGUCAAAGCCAAAGAACUAGCAGCAAAGAAGGAUAUUGAAUCCAUGAAGGAGCUUUCUGUUACAGAGGUCGAGAAAUUCAUGUCGCUCUGGAGUAGUAAUAAAGAUUUCCGGGAUGACUACGAGAGGAGAGUUUUGCAGUCACUUGACAUGAGGCAGCUGAGUCGGGAUGGCCGUAUGAGGAAUCCAGACGAGAAGCCACUGUUGUUGGUUCAGGUACCAACUCCAUUUGAAACUGAGGUUGUCCUAAAACCAAGUGUGAAACAACCCCAAAAGGAGGAUCUCAUUGUCCCGGCACAAAGUGAUGCUUCUUCCACAAAGAAAAUUCAGAAGGAAAAGAAUGCUAAAAACGAGAAAGAAGCAAAUAAGAAAACAGAAACCGUCAUGGAGAAAAUGGACAUGGAAGAUAGAGAAGUCUCGAGGAUAGAAAAAUUGCAAAAGGAUUCUAUCCCUAAGAGGAAUGAAGUUGAUGAAGCGAAGUUGAAGGAGAUGAAGAGAGACGAAGAGAUGGGGAAGGCUAAGUUAGCAAUGGAGAGAAAGAAGAAGUUGGCAGAGAAAGCCGCUGCUAAAGCGGAAAUAAAAGCUCGGAAGGAGGCUGAAAAGAAGCUUAAGGAAAUUACUUUUUGUUUAGCUUCUAAUUCAUUUCAGGAGCGAGAGAAGAGAGCAAAGAAGAAGGCUGGAGCUUCUGUUGCUGCUCAGGUCUCCGAGGAACCAGCUGAAGCAGUCAGAGAGGCUUUUGAACCCAAUAAGGAAGACGAAGCAGUCGAAACUCUCGUUUCAACCAAAAACAAGGAUUGGAAAGAACACCCCGUCAGACACAGACCACGGCGAAGAGGCUCAGAUUCACUUCAUAAAGUUGCGUUGAAACACAAGAUGACAACAAAAUAUUGGGUAUGGGCUGCUCCUGCUGCUUUGGUUGUUCUUGUACUUGUGGUUUUGGGUUACAGCUACCUUAGCUAG